AUGUUAACUACCACGGCGUAUAUCAUAAAAUGGAGCCCUUCUACGUCUAACCAUCACUCCCAACAUGAAUCAAAUCCGGGGCGUAGUUUUCAAAUGAAUCAUGUAAUCUCCAAAUCCAUUGAACUGCAGAGCAUCUCUCUCCUUACUAAGCUCUUACUGUUAUCCACCAGUCAUACGUCAAUUUCACCUUCCGUGGCAACAACUCUUCUGCACCAGCUCGAAUCCCUUCUUCCUACUGACACUCCUUUGCUUCAUCUGCCUGGAAUAUUAGCUCUGCGUGUCUGUCUGCACAUGCUUGCUUGUCCUACUGGGUCCUCCUAUCCAAGCGAUUAUAGCGGCCUGACCUUUACUGGAAUUAACUCGGCCAAAGAUAUUAUCCAAUCUACCUUGAAAGCUCAUGCCGAUGGAGCCUUCGGUGGUAUUUACUAUCCUCUACUCCUGAACGUCUGUGGCCGAUUCUUCCUCCGUCACAACUGUCCUCAAGAAGCCGCUGUUCUUCUGGAAAAAGAAUUGGCGCUACUUGAUACAGACUCCAAGGAAUUU